AGUUUGCAUCUAGAUAAUAGAACCGGCAUGAAGUCGUACGUUUGAGUAGAAGUCACGAUAAAUGAAAUUGCACCAAACCACGAUCCGUGACCAAGGAGAAGAGUCUCUCUCUCUCAUAACUUUCUGAAGCAAACAGCUCGAUUUGAUCGUUUAUUCUUGGAUCGUUUACCACUGAUCUGGAUCUGGAACUGUGUUAAAUGGCGUACGUGGAUCAUGCGUUCUCGAUAUCGGACGAGGACAUGAUGAUUGGGACUGCGUACACCGUGAAUAACCGGCCGCCGGUUAAGGAGAUCGCACUCGCGGUGGCUCUACUCGUGUUCGGAACCCUAGGAAUCGUCUCAGGCUUCUUCAUGGCGUACAAUCUAGUUGGCGGUGAUCGAGGCCACGGGAUAUUCUUCAUGGUCCUGGGGUGUCUGCUGUUCAUUCCAGGGUUUUACUAUACUCGGAUCGCCUAUUACGCUUACAAAGGAUACCAAGGUUUCUCUUUCUCUAACAUACCCCCUGUCUAGUCCCCACUUAAAUGUAUAGAGAUGAUGUUUAAGCAAUGGCCUCGCAUGUUUUCUUUCUAGUGUAGUCAAGUGAGUCCAUGUUUGAUACAUAUAUAUAUCCCUUCUUGCUUUCUCCUUUCCUCUUGUUAAAUAAUUGCAAGUCUGUGACAAUUAGUCCGAUACAUAUUUUACAUAUAUAUAUACCUGGUUCAGAGAUA